AUGGAUGCUCUGCGCCAUGCUCCCAGUUCUGAACCAGUAGUGAAGCUACUGUGUGAAUAUAUAUGUCUGGGUUUUUGGGUUUUUUUAGCAACUCGGAUAAAUGAGACAACAGAAAUUCGGGGGAAGUAUCCCAAUAAAAUUCCGGUGGUAGUGGAACGUUACAGGAAGGAGAAGACUCUUCCCCAGUUGGAUCGGAUCAAGUUUUUGGUUUCUCCAGAUAUAUCCCUGUCCCAGUUUCUUUUCACUCUGAGAACCCGGCUGUCUCUCACAGCUACACAAGCCUUCUACUUACUUGUGAACAAUCAAACGUUACCCUGUCCUAGUCUGACUAUUUUAGAGAUCUACAAUGACAACAAGGAUGAAGAUGGCUUCCUCUACAUGACCUAUGCUUCUCAAGAGAUGUUUGGUGCAGGAGUCUCUUUGGAACAGCAAUGAAGCCAUCUCAGGAGGGUGGGAUCCCAGAGAGCCAAAAAUCAGUGAAAAAAAAUAUUUUAAAGACCAUUUUCGCACAAGAAUGGCAUGGGAGGGUCUUCGCAGCCAGACACAGGAUUUUCUCUUAUGACUUUGGUCCCUGAUGCUACUACUUCACUGUUUCACUUGAAUGGAAUUUUGGGAGGAUGUGGGACUUUGAGGUUCUUACUAACUCUGCAGGUUGUUAGUUUAACCCACUGCCAACUUAUUCUUUUUAAUUAAUCUCACUUAUUUAUUUAUUUAUUUACUUACUUACUUACUUCACGAAAUGAAUUUCACUUCCCAUUGUGCGCACUGAGAGCGGAGCCUUUUUAUUAGGGGGGAAAAAGCCAGUUGACCUAAGGAGGAGAAUCUGGAGAAUGCUACUUGUGGACAUUUUAACUGCACAGUCAUUGGUUACUGCAUCCCUCCCUCUCUUUACCCCCUUUUCCCUUAAGAUUACAAUGAAGAAAUAAAUGAGCGCCAUUCCA